AUGCUUAUUGGAGAAUUUACUAAUAUUAUUACUCAACAAGAAAAUCAACAAAAAAUUUCCCCAGUUGUCGUAACUAGUCUAAAACCUUUUAUUUUUUCAAUUAAGCCUCAAAAAAUUGCAAAAUUGUCAGGGACACCGCCAUCACCGCUUUCCCCCUUAACCCCUCCCCAACCUCCUUCUGACCAAAUAUCUCUUCAAUUCCCGUCAAAUUCUCAGUUUGUCUCAAACUUUCAAUCAUUCCAUAGACGACGUUCUUCUGUUUAUUCUGUUUCAGAAGGACAAACAACAACUUCUAGAGAUUCUUCCUCUACAGAACAAACUUCAACUGUAGCAACGGCGUCUAUUUCUAGAAACCCCCAACUUGGCCAUUUUGAACAACAAUUAUCUCGUUCACUCGAAAGUCUUUCAAUGGACGAAUUAUUUGGGGCUGGACAAUCUCCAGAACAAGACAAACAACAACAAACAUUAAAUACUGUAGAACAACAACAGGAGGAUUCUAUGGCUGAUGAUCAAUUACUUAGACAAAUCAUUGAUACGCUAAUUGAUGAAGAUAGAAAAUCCCAAUCAGUUGAAAAACAGUCAGCCACCAGUAGUAGACUAAUGGAGGAUCAACAACAAAGCGAAGCUAGUUCAUCCUUUCGUCCAUUAAUACCUGAAGUUUCUUCUUCAAUUAAACAAGAACUUUUGGUUACUACAAAUAAUAGUGAUAAUAAUAGUAAUACAAUAACAUCAACACAAACAACCCCAUUUCCUUCCUGGUCACCUUACAAAAAUUUAUUUCCAGCAACACAUCCAGCAUUUUUAUUAAGAGGGUAA